AUGGCCGCUGUGUUCACAGAAGCUCAGUGGAAUUUAGCAUUUGAAGAGGUCAAAAGUCAAUUUAAAUUGCCAAACAUUCUACCAGAACAAGAAAAAUCAAUUAGAGAAUUUUUCAAGGGGAAAAAUAUAUUUGUAAACUUGCCCACGGGUUAUGGUAAAUCACUAAUUUAUCAGUGUCUUCCAAUUAUAAAUGGCGCGCCUCUUCAUGCGAAGCCUCGUGGAUCGAGUGUUAUUGUUGUCAUUUCGCCUUUGCGAUCUCCGAUGGAUGAUCAAGUUUUAUAUCUGAAUAAUCUCUGUAUUCCAGCCAUAGCCAUUACAAACGACGAUGAUCCAGAAAUCAUCCAGCAAGUUUUAAAUGGGUAUUACAUUGUCGUGUUUGGCUCACCUGAGGCAUUCUUUACUUGGAGAGGAUUAUUUAUGUCUGAAUUAAAGGAAAUGAUAAUAGGGGUCGCUAUUGAUGGGGCACACUGCAUAACACAAUGGUAUGUUAAUGAACUGUUCCUUCAAUAUUAUGUUAAUUAAUCAUAUCUCUGUUUUCGUUACUGAGUUAUUAUAAAGCGGUAUAUGAUAUAGUUUUUCGAAGGAAACUUCAAAUUCAUCCUCUUUUUCACCAUAUUUGCCUUGGCCAUAAUAUUAGGAUCAAAAUUGCAUAGCGUUUGAGUUAAAUAUAUAACAUUGGGUUUAUCUUACUUGUGAAAUGGUGGUACAAUAUCAUGAAACCUGUAUAUAGUAUAUGGUAUGAGAUUAAUAUAAUGUUAUAUUGUUACUUUGUAGGGGUUUAUACACAGGGAAAAAGAUCCCUUUUAGAAAGUGGUAUGGCUGUCUCGGUGAAAUGAGAUCACUGAUUCCAAAACAAUGCCGCCAGAUCAUGAUUUUGACAGCAACUGCAACAAAAGCUACAAAACUGCAAAUCAUAGAUACUCUACAGUUGUCAUUUGAUGAUGUUAAAAUGAUUGCAAAGAGCCCGGACAGACCCAAUAUUUCCUAUGUAGUAAAUUAUUUGGACAAAAAUUAACCGAUCGAGGCAGCGUUUUCAUCUUUAAUUUGCGAGAUGAAAUCAAGUGAUGUUACAACACCCAGAACUAUAAUUUACUGUCAGACACGAAAACAAUGCUCAGUUAUUUUCCGUGUGUUUGAAAUUUUCUUGGGUAAGCACAUGUUUUAUGGCAAGUCGUUUUAUGAAAUGUACCAUGCAGGAAGCCCUUCAUCAGUGAAGGAACAUGUUCUGGAUAAUAUGGGCAAAGAUGAUGGCCAUAUUCGAAUUCUGAUAUCUACUGUGGCAUUUGGAAUGGGUGUUAACUGCAAGUUGGUGAGAAGAAUUGUACAUUUUGGUCCUUCAAAAUCUGUUGAACUUGUACAUCCAGGAAUGUGGUCGUGCUGGGAGGGAUGGUUUACCAAGUACGUGUGUGCUUCUAUUCAAUGGUCUCUUGUCUGUCCAUUGUGAAAAAGAUAUGACGCAGUAUUUUCAACUUGAAGAAUGUAGGCGAAAAUGGCUAAUGCAUCAUUUUGGUGUCAGUUGUAACCCUUCGCAAUUCCAUAACUUGCAUGAAUGUUGUGAUAUUUGUGCUAGUCAGUUUACAUGUGAGACUGACAACUGUGCUGAGUUUUGGAGUCCAAGCCUAGGAAACAUAAAUGUACCACUGUCUCUUACUACAUCUGAUGAUCCAAAAAGUACAACUACUAGAAAUGUUACCAAAGAGGAUAAGGAGUAUUUAAGGAAGAAGCUUGUUGAAUACCACCAAGAUCUGAUCAAGCAAAUGAACAUCGACAAAAUGGCCACAUGCCCAAACCACAUCCUAGAAUUCAACAACUUUCAUAUUAAUGAAGUUAUUGAAAGCUGUCAUAAACUAUUUACUAUAUAG